AACACUCCUAUCUGCUGGACUUGAGCGAGGCACCAGACAGCUGACAGGUGUAAACAAUGGCGCUGACGUUACACCAGAUGUUUUUCCUCACCAUUCAGUUACUGUCUCUCUUCCUAUCUUCCGCCACCUGUGCAACUAAUCAGCUUGAAGUGAUGAACGAACAGGAGCUAAGACAACUUAUUACCGACGAAGACUACGUGGUUGCCCUCUUCAGUAAUGAAGCAGACUGCACUGGGAGAUGUGAAGAGCUGGAAGACACCCUUGCUUCCAUCAGAGAGGAUAUAGUGGAGGCACUGAAUGCCUGGGUAGUGCGCACCCAUUCACCAACUCUCUCCAUUGAAUAUGGCCUGAAUACCAAGAAAACAGGAGGUGACAUUAUCUUUGUGAGGAAAGGUUUUCCACUCCUGUACACUGGCCCAGCAGAUGAUGAUGAGUACUUAUUGCACUACCUGAUCACCAAUCCUGAAUCCUCUGUCCACACUCUUUCUGAUGAGAAUUUUGAGCACCUGACUCAAGCUGCAACUGGAGCUACAACAGGUGACUGGCUUGUUAUGUUUGUUCGAUCAGACUGCAAUUCAUGUCUUAUACUGUUCCGACAAGGUCGUCUGUACCGCUACAUGUUGCCCCUAGUGGAUGCCACCACACUGGAGCACUUUGCUUCUGAUGGCUUUAGGAAUGCUCGAGGAGAGAAUGUACCUCAUCCCAAGACACCUUUUGAUGACUUCACUGAAUGGUGUGCUGACUGGCUGCGGGAAAAUCCUGACAAAGUGUACCUGGUGUUGGGGAUCCUGACAACGGUUGUAUUAGGGUUGGUGUUCUAUUGCAUACGGUCCUCAAGAAGUGCUGCAGAGGCUGCCAGCAAAAAAGCAAAUAAGAAAAAGAAAUAGUAAGUUAAGAAUAUAUAGAACCAAGAGAGAAGUAUCUGUAAGGAGUUAUUUAUUUUCUUGUUAUUAAAUGAACCCCAUUCUAGGUGUUCAUGGUAAAGGGGGAAAUUUUUGCAUGGUUGCAACUAGAUGGGAGGACAUUAAUCAAAAAGAUGUCCUUUGUACUUUUUUAAAAAAAAUUGUAUAUUGGGUUUGUUGUAAUGUAGAAGCUUGAAACAUUAAGCAUUACAUCAUUACACCAGUUUUAUGUAAGAAAGUGUUUGACUUUCAUCCCACCAUAGUUUUUCUGUGUGUGUGUGUGUGUGUGUGUGUGUGUGUGUGUACUUAGUUAUGUACUUGGUUAGUUGUAGUAUACAAGAUUUUAGCUAAGCCUAUGUUGCCUUGUCACCAUAUCUGCUUGUGUCCAAUUUUGCUUUGAAUUCAUGUGUAUUCAUAUCACUAAUUAGAUUUGUGUUCAGACUAUUUUAUAUAUUGAUGAUUCUAUUGAGGAAGCCAAAAGUAAUAACCUUUCUG